ACUUGAAUGGCAUGGUCAACGUAUUUAAAUGGUAUAUAAAAUACGAUUUUGGAAAACUAAAAAAAAGAUAUGAUUCCUUGGGACCCACUUGCGAACGUAGAUAGCCCGAUUGGGUAACGCUUCGUCUCUCUCUACCAUAUCUGUAAACUUCAGAUCCUCCAAACUUCGCCGGCGAAUCACUUUUCUAUCCGCCGCCAGUAAGCGGAGACGCGUGAGAUUCCACGCAAUGACAUCGGUUUACUCCACCCUCACCUACUGGCUCGUGAACCAUCCCAACAUCGCCAAUUUCACGUGGACCGAAGGUGAAACCCUCGGCUCCACCGUCUUCUCCGUCUCCGUCGUCGUCUCCGUUUAUCUCUCCGCCACAUUCCUCCUCCGAUCCGCCAUCGAUUCACUCCCCUCACUCGGUCCCCGAAUACUCAAACCAAUCACGGCCGUUCACAGCCUAAUCCUCUGCCUCCUCUCCGUAAUCAUGGCAAUCGGCUGCACUCUCUCAAUCACCUCAUCUCAAUCGCCCUCAGAUCCGACGGCGCACGCCAUUUGUUUCCCCGUCUACGUGAAACCUAACGGACCGCUUUUCUUCUGGGCUCAAGUAUUCUACCUCUCGAAGAUCCUCGAGUUCGGAGACACCAUCCUCAUCAUAAUCGGCAAAUCGAUCCAUCGGCUCUCGUUCCUUCACGUGUACCACCACGCGACGGUUGUGGUCAUGUGCUACCUCUGGCUCCGAACCCGUCAAUCGAUGUUUCCGGUUGCGCUCGUGACGAAUUCGACGGUUCAUGUCAUCAUGUAUGGUUACUACUUCCUCUGCGCCGUCGGAUACAGGCCCAAGUGGAAGAGGUUGGUGACGGAUUGUCAGAUCGUGCAGUUUGUUUUCAGCUUCGGAUUAUCCGGUUGGAUGCUCCGAGAGCAUUUUUUCGGGUCGGGUUGCUCCGGAAUUUGGGGAUGGUGUUUCAACGCUGCGUUUAAUGCUUCUCUUUUGGCUCUCUUCUUCAACUUCCAUUCCAAGAACUAUUCGAAAAUGACAAGAACAGAGGGCCGCAAAAAACGCGAUUAGAUUCGUUUCCACCCUCAAAAAAAAAAAUUGAUCUUAAUUUUGAUUGAUUAUUCUGGAAUUUUGGUCUCCUGAUGUGUUGUGUUUUCUGGAAAUGUUAGUUUUGAAUUGUUUCUUGAAUAAGAUUGACAAAAUGUAUCAAAAUGUCACAUAAAUCAUGAGAAUACAUGCAAGAAAAUAAGU